AGGUACUGAAUCUAAGUGAUAACCCAUUGAAACAACUCCCUGUCUCCCUGAGCAGCUUCUCCAAGCUGAAUCAGCUCUCCAUAUGUAACACCCUGAUCACAGAACUCCCUGAUGACAUCGGUGAGUUGACCUCUCUACAGAACCUGGACAUCAGUAAGAACAGAAUGGCUCAGCUUCCAGAGAGCUUCAGAAAUCUAAAGAACCUGGAGAGUUUGACGUUCAGUGGCAUUCCCUACUUGUUUUACGCCUUCAAGAAGGGUGUGAUGGUUUCCAAGAGACACUUUCUCAAUUGGUGCACGCAGAAACUCAAUGGCGCUCACAGCAUGUCGACCUUUACUUUUGAGGAGAAGAUAGAAAUGUUCAACAGUUGCCAGAAAGACUCGUCAGAUGUGCUAACCCACAGAGGAGUGAAUCAGCUCAAUAAUCACCUGUUUUGGAAAGUGCCAAGGCUUGGAACUGCAGAUAAGUCAGCAGCCGACCCAUACGGCUGUGUUCCACCCCAGAUCUUCUCAUGCAGACGUCUGACGUCACUCGUCCUGAGUUUCCAAGGAAUACGCUUCCUGCCUGAUGACUUCAAUAAACUACGCCAUCUCAGAAAGAUUAUUUUGGAUCACUGCAGAAUGCUGCAGACAGUCAGUGCAGAGGUUGGCAAACUGCCUUUACAAGUCCUCGCCAUGGGCCAGUGCCGCAAGCUACAGACACCUCCACCUGAAGUCCUCAAGCAGGGCAUGGCCUACACUCUCUACUACAUGAAGAAACUAGCAGCUGGCUCACAGGCCUGUUAUCGCACGAAGCUCAUGUUUGUUGGCCUUGGUGGAGCAGGGAAGACAAGCUUAAUGCGCUCCCUGAUGAGCGGUGACCUGAAGUCACCCCCUAUUGGCUCUGAAGGUAUUACAGACGGCAUAGACAUCAAGUCAUGGGUGAUCAACCGUGAGAACCAGGCCUUGACGUAUAGCGUGUGGGACUUUGCAGGACAGACUGUCUACUACAACACUCACCAGUUCUUCCUGACCAGCAGAGCCAUCUAUUUCCUCACAUGGAACUCACGCCUUGGCUUUGAACACGCAGGGUUGGAGUUCUGGUUGAGUUCAAUCCAAUGCCACGCUCCUUAUGCUCCAGUGUUUGUCGUGGGGACACAUGCCGACCAGGUCUCCAAGUCUGACUUGCCCAGAGAUGAUCUCAAGAGGAACUAUCCAUCGAUUGCGGGUUUCUACAGUAUAAGCUCACUGACAGGAGUGGGAAUCCGGCAGCUAUUGGAUGACCUGUUUCAUGUUACCCUCAAACAGCCAUACAUUGGAGAGCGUGUGCCAGAGGUGUGGAUCAAGAUGGAAAGAGCAAUCGCAAGGGACCGUGACAACAAAUGCAACCUUUUGAGUUGGGAGGAGAUCAGAGACCUUGCUGGCAAAUACGACCUAGAUGAAUCAGAGACGAAACAAGCUGUGAAGUUUCUCCAUGACCUCGGCAGCCUGCAGCAUUUUGAUAACCAGUCGUUGAAGAAUAAAGUUGUGAUCAACCCACAGUGGAUCGUAGAUGUAAUGGCUUGUGUGGUGUCGGUGCAUAACUCUUGUAUAAAGGAGGGUCGUCUGCGUUAUGAAGACAUCUCCAAGAUCUGGUCAGAUUACCCUGCUGACCUCCACGACUGGUUAUUAAGCCUGACUGAAGCUUUUGACCUGACGUUCCCUCUUCCUGACCAGAAGGUCAAUAUUGUGCCGUGUUUGCUGCCUCAAGGUCAACCAGAGUUCGCAUGGCCCGAGAUGCAGCCCGGUGAUGGCACCCGCCAGGCUAAGAUUCUCUAUAGAUUUGACAUCCUGCCAGCCGGCCUCUUCAACCGAGUGCAGGUGCGACUCUACCAGAUCUCUGACAGCUCGUCCAUGUGGAAGCGUGGCUCACUGCUGAGGAAGAAUGAUCACAUUGGCCUCAUGAUCAUGAGAGGUGGAUCCGAGGUGUUGGUGAAAGCCCAAGGUGUGCGGCCUGAGAAUAUCAUCUUCUUGGUGCAUGAAGUGUUUGAGAGUGUCAUCUUUGAGUUCUUCAAGGGCGUCAGCUAUGAGUACUUGAUUCCCUGCUUGGACUGUAUGAAGAAUGCAUGUGAGAAUGCCACGAUGUUCUCAUCGACGAUCCUGCGUCGUGCCAUCAUGCUGAAGGCUCCAUUCAUCCAGUGCCAUUCAUCAUUCCACUCAUUGCCGAUAUCAGAUGUACAAGGUUGCAUGCCUCCUGAGAUGUCCGAUGACUUUAACCUGCAGUUCCACAUGACGAUGAAGGAUCUGGACAGGAUGCAUGACAGCUUCUCAUACGACUGUGGCUUUAUUUACUGCCAGGCUGAUGUGCCACAAGAGGGCUCGGAAGCCAUUCACCCAAUACGCCUCGUCAAGGACCUCCAGACUAUGGAGAAUGGUUAUAAGUGUUGGCACAAUGAAGACUUGCAGUCACUACCUCUGAAUGAUGUCUUGAAAAACAUCGGAGACUGUAAGUGCAUAAUUCUGUUCAUCUCGUCCAACUUCACCAGAGAUGACUUCUGUGGCAAGAUUUUCCGAUUCGUCUACGACAUCUUGAAGAAGCCUGUCCUCCUGGUGACCCUUGGCCAAGGUCAUCAAUGGCGUGAAUCGGACAUCGGCAUCAAGAUCACCCACAAGGUCUACAUCAACAUGCAGAAGUCCUGGCUGUAUAAUGCCAAGUUGGUGGCGCUCGAGAAACAGAUCAGAUCAAUCGUCAGGAGUGACAGGGUCCAGCAUCGUUGUGACGUGUUCAUCAGCUACUCGUGGUUGAACAGCAUCGCGGCAAUCCAAGCAGGCCACGUCACUAGAAAGGAGAAUGCAAUGGGUUUUGGUGACCCAAGAGAAAUCAAAGAGUUCCUUGAGAAAAACGGUGUGACUUGCUGGAUCGAUAUCGAGAAAACAGGAGUGGACGGCCUGUUUGAAGAGAUAGCCCAGGGUCUGAAGCAAUGUAAGGUCAUGGUCGCCUGCAUUUCAAAUGAGUACGCGUUGUCAAGUAACUGUCAGAUGGAGUUCAGGUUUGCUGCUGUGACCUUGAAAAUGCCUAUUGUCCUUGCUGUGGUUGGCACAGGUUACGCUUGGGAGUCGACUGAGAUCGGCCUUCUUUCUCUCGGCCAUGAUAAGAGUAACUUCCAAAUCAAUAACAGCGAGUGUUAUGACCAGCUGCUACGAGAUGUCCGCGAGAAGUUAAGCCUUGUUGAUCAACCAGAGGAGAUUAUUAGUAAUCCUGGUCAGCCACACGGAUUCAGGGAAUUGUACGAGUUAGCACAGAGAAAAUUUAUGCGGCAAUUCUCCGGCUAUGCUGAGAAUGGUCAUGAGUAUCCGAGGCUUUUUGUAGUGGAUACAGUAGCGCCAUCAAAGGCUGAUGAUAAGACUAGCGUGAAGGAUGCCGAGGCAUUGGAACUGGAGAUAGCAGAUGUCAGCCAGGAGGGGGAGGCGGUGAUCAAAGAUGCCACUGACUUCUGCUUCAGGAUCUUGUGUGAAUAUGAAGAGGGUUGGCACGUGUGUCAUGAUGGUUUCCCCAUCAACAUGGUCGGCAGUGAACUCAGCCAACUUUGGAAGACAAGUGCUCCAUAUUUUGGCCGCAUGCUGAAGCUUCUCAAGCACAGCAACAUCGACCUCAAUUGUUUUGGAACAUUGGACGGAGAUCUGUUGAUUGAUACUCUUGAAACUAAUGUCGGUGUGAAUGUUGAUCUGAAACCGAUCUACCAAGAAAUCAGGGAACACAUCAUACGCAAGGAUUAUGAGAUGACGUAUGGUGGACUCAAGCUAUGCUACCUCCCAAAUGGCAAGUACCUGUGGUUAUGUGACCAGCACCAGAACCUCCCGAGAGUGACCGUCCUUCAGAACGAGGCUUCACCAAGCAGUGCAUCAGAGACGGAGCUCACUGAAGACGUCCUCCUCGAGAAGUUGAAUAAAUUUAAUGAGAAGGAAACUACCAAUAAAUUCCCAAAGGCUAGACAUCACAAACAAGGAAAGCGACAGAAGAAACAAAAAGGAGGCAAGUUUGAUCAAAAAGUUGAGAGAGGUGACAAGCUGGGUGAAGGAGGGAGGGAGGUAGAGAAGGGGAGAGGAGGGAAUGAGGGAGAUGUGACUUCAGCCAAUGGAAGUGAGGCAGUGGUUGAACCAAGCGUUUCUAAUAAGGGAGAUGUGACUUCAGCCAAUGGAAGUGAGGUAGUGGUUGAGCCAAGCGUUUCUAAUGGACAUGAAGAAACUUAUCAACAAAGAGAAGACAGUGUUGGACCUGCUGGAGCAGAAAGUGAUGGUAAAGGGGGGAAACCUAGUGUGAGGGAUGAUGAUACAAGUGUUGCACAUUCAUUCAAGGAAGCGAGUCGUAAACCUGGACAAUCUGGUCUGGUCGACAGGGAGAUGUUGUCUGUUGUGAAGGAGAAAGUUCCUGGAGCGGUGAGGGUGCGUCCAAAGACUGCCCCAGCGCCAAGUCAGACAAGGCCGAGGAUACAGAGAGCCAACUCCAUUGCUGAGAGUGCUCCUUACACCAGUAAAGCUUGUGUCAUACUCUAGAUUCCUACAGCAUGUAGUUCAAGAAUUGUUGGCUAGUUGUGACAGUACAUUACAGUACAGUAUUGGAGCAGGGACAGUACAUUACAGUACAGUAUUGGACUAGGGACAGUACAUUACAGUACAGUAUUGGACUAGGGACAGUACGUUACAGUACAGUAUUGGACUAGGGACAGUACAUUACAGUACAGUAUUGGACUAGGGACAGUACAUUACAGUACAGUAUUGGACUAGGGACAGUACAUUACAGUACAGUAUUGGAGUAGGUAAUCUGUGUAUGUCUACUACUCUGAUAUGCUGUCAUGAGCGUCAAGCAAGGAAGUUAGGGAGUCAUCAUAGUUAUCUUUGGUUCCGUCAUUGAUCUCCUCCAAAACUACCAAGUCUUCAUUCUCUUUUUUCAUACCCACUUAUCACAAAUAUGCCUCGGGAACUAUGAAAUCCAAACUGAACUGAUUAUGGCAAUUCUGCACUUUGUUACUGUUGUCACGAUAUGAGGUUGCCUUAUUGCUGCUGCUGUAUUAAGAUUGUAGUCAGGUAGGUGUUAGUUGUAUGAAUGGUUGAAUGUAUCCGAGUAACAUGCAUAUACAGACGCUUUGUAUGAUGAUCUCUUUUAUUAUUCCCAUUGAGGAACAAACCGUCCAGGAGUGCAAUUUUUUUUCUCCAAAAAUCAACAUAUUAAACACACAAUGUGAUGGCAAAUUUUGCCUUUUUAGUUUACAUAUCCACAUCUACAUGUAUUCAGAUUGCCACUAUAGACCUUGUGUCAUUCUUCAUGUACAUGCUCUGAUUUUAUUUAUAUAUUCUAUUGAAGAGAUUCUAUUUUAGAUUGAAGUUUAUUAC